UCUAAAGAGGUGGAUGUCUCAGUUGCAAAAAGCUAAGAAUAAAAGUAUGUAUUUUUGUGCCUUCAUCUACUUUAAUCAAUGAAACCAAUGACUAACCGUAUUAUAAGUGUGAUCAAUCGAAACCUAGAUGCGAGUAUUGUGUUCAUACGUUCCGAGAAUGUAUAUAUCAAUCAUCAAACUUCAUAAAUUCUCAAUAUAAUCGUAUCACAGAACAGAAACAGCAAGAGUUAUCCGCCAGCAGUUCAACAGAUCUUACGACAAUAAAUACAAUAAUUGAACGAUACAAUUAUAAAUUGGACGAGCAUUUGAAUCUCAAUAAUGCUACUACUCAACUUGGUAUAUCCAUGUUUGAACUUCGAUUGUUAAAUUUCUUCAAUAAUUAUUGCAUUUAUGGAUUUUCGCAUAAUCCAGAUGAUGACAUUCAUUUCAUAUGGAGAAAUCUUGUCCCACCAAUGUUUAUACAAAGUGAAUUAAUAAGGAACAGUAUUUGUGCCUUUUCUUGUUUAAACUUAUUUCCUUUCUGUGAUGAUUUAGAUUCGGUACGUAUAGAAGAUGAUUCUAAUAGUGUACUAAAAUUCAGUGAAAGAUUUGGUUCACCUUCAAGUACAAGUGAAAACCAUUUAUCAACACAAUCUGGUGAAGUAUUCAUCAAGACAACUAAUUAUUUCACGAAUACCGUAUCUGGAAAGAAUCAAUUGAUUCAAAGCAUGCAGAACGCUAAUGGAAAUGAUAAGUCCAAAUUAGCAACAGAGUUCAUGAUUUCAACCAUCAUGAUAUUUACAUUUCUAGCUACCCAUCAUCAUAAAUUAGUUCCUUUGGUGAGCUUUGAUAAAUCAGAAUCAGAUUUUAUAUCCAUUUGCCAAGGAAUCAGAAACACCAUAACAGAAUUUGCUUCUAUAGUUCGACAUAGCGUGUUUAAAGAUGUUUUUACAUUUGAGGUAAAUCUCGAAAUACCAACAGUUGAUGAAAGUGAUAUUCCGGUUAUUGUUCAAUUGAGACAGGAUUUAGAACUUGAAUAUGGUGAUGAGAACUUACUAUCAAGUUCUAUCGAUGAUUACACCACUUUUCGCCAAGUACUUGAAAUAUUACAAAUAUCAAUUUUUAAAUCAGUUUCAUAUGGUUAUUCAGUCCCGUUAUAUAGAUGGAUCUUAUUAUUGUCCAAACAUUAUGUUGAAUUAGUGUAUGAUAAAUGUCCCUUUGCCUUGAGAUUGUUGUAUGUAUUUUCAAGCUUGGCCACAUUAUCCAGAUUACAAUUACUUAAGCAUUCAAAUUUGUGGGUUGACUACAUGAAGUGGUAUAAGCAACAUAAUUUUGAUUUGUAUGGUGGGUGGAGGUAUAGUAUGGAUGAAUCCCUUUUCUGUCUUGUAUUUGACAAAGAUUUCAGUCUUUUGGAAAAUAAUGAAUCAAGUUGGAAGUCCUUUGAUCCAGAGUUUUUAGCUCAAGUUAUAUAGAAAUUUGGUCUUUUUGAAGAAAUAGCAAGAUAGGUUAAAAGCUCUAUCACUUAGAGUUUAAUGGCAAUAGUUAUGUAUAAAUCAUAUAUAUAAUCUUGUCUCUGUCUUAUCUCUAGAAAUAUAAUUGAAAAUAUAAAGUUACUUUAAAUAUAAUUACAUGGGGCUUAAAAAAGAAGCUUCGCGAUUGGUAGCAAGUCGCUGCUUUUCUAGAAGACAAAACAAAAUUCUUAAUUUCAUAAUAUAUACUGGUUUCAAAUCUAACGAGCCUAUUGCUAUUCUCAAUGAAAUCAUAAUCAGGUCCAUCGUUAUGAAUGAUAAUGAUCGGAUUAAUGGUCCUAAUAAGUCAAAAAGAAAAAGUGCCAAUGCAAACACUCCACGAACUAGAGGUGGUUGUCUCAGUUGCAAAAAACUACGAAUAAAAGUA